UACAAAACAUUACAACCAAUUUAUAAAAGGCCCAAAUCAUAUAACAAGUCCAAGCUAUUAUUCAUAGUUUUUAUUUUUUAUUUUUUAAUAGAAUACAAGUACAAUUAUUCAUUCAAUUGAAGGAAGUUUGUACUUGAGGUAAGGUUGAAAGUUAAACUUAACCCAAAACCAAGUAUAGAAAAAAGAAUGUGACUCAACAAUACCAUACUUGCCAAUAUAGUUGUUAGCUAAAUAAUUCAUUCAUACCAUGCAUAUCAUCUUUUCAAUCUAAUUACUACCCAUUAAUUUCUACUAGCUAAAAUUCUUCCCUUUAAAUCCCAUUUUCCUCCUCUCAAAAAUCAAGCAAUUAAAACACUAACAAAAAAAAUAUGGGAACACAAUUGUUAAACCAAGUCCCCUUAGAGGAAGAAGAGAUAAUUUUCCGAAGUAAGUUCAAGCCAGUUCCGGUUCCAAAAAACAUUAGCUUACCGGAUUUUGUGCUCCAAGACGCGGAGUUAUACUCCGAUCAUGUGGCAUUUGUUGAUGCAAUGACGGGUAAGGAGUAUACUUAUGGUCAAGUAACAAGAGACACAAAAAGGUUUGCUAGGGCCUUAAGGUCACUUGGCCUAAGGAAAGGGCACGUUGUUAUUGUUGUCCUUCCAAAUAUGGCAGAAUAUGCUAUUGUUGCUUUAGGUAUUAUGGCUGCUGGUGGUGUUUUUUCCGGUGCAAAUCCGGCAGCACACGUCUCGGAGAUUAGCAAGCAAGUUGAGACCGCUGAUGCUAAGCUUAUUGUUACCAAUGGUACCAUAUAUGAAAAGGUUAAGGAAUUGAGCCUACCAAAAAUCAUCCUAGGAGAAGAAAGAAUUGGAGGAAAUUCAGGAGCAAUCUACUGGGAAGAACUCCUCCAAGCAGCCGAUAAGACGAACAUGAACCACUUCUCCGAGCCAAUUCAAGAAACUGAUCUUUGUGCACUCCCAUUUUCAUCAGGAACAACAGGAAUGUCUAAGGGAGUUAUGUUAACUCAUCGUAACAUCGUCGCUAACCUUUGCUCUACCCUCUUUAGUUUGCCUAAAGAAGCAAUAGGCAAAGUUACCAUCCUUGGUCUAAUGCCCUUCUUUCACAUAUAUGGUAUCACAGGAAUAUGUUGUGCUACCCUUAGAAAUAAGGGUAAGGUAGUUGUUAUGGGGCGGUAUGAGCUUCGUACAUUUUUACAUGCUUUGAUAACUUAUGAGGUUAAUUUUGCACCUAUUGUACCACCCAUUAUAUUGGCCUUGGUUAAAAAUCCUAUUGUUGAUGAAUUCGAUCUCACUAAGAUUAAGCUUAAAGCUAUCAUGACUGCUGCUGCUCCUCUAGCACCCGAAAUUCUCAAUGCAUUUGAGAAGAAAUUUCCUGGUGUACAAGUACAAGAGGCAUAUGGACUGACGGAACAUAGUUGUAUAACUCUAACUCAUGCUGAACCAAGUCAAGAACAUGGUGGCAUUGCUAAGAGGAACUCAGUAGGGUUCAUCCUACCGAAUAUUGAGGUUAAAUUCGUCGAUCCUGAGACAGGCCGAUCACUCCCUAAGAACACACCCGGUGAGAUUUGUGCUAGGAGCCAAUGUGUUAUGCAAGGUUAUUACAAGAACGACGAGGCAACUCAACAAACUGUGGAUAAAGAUGGUUGGCUUCAUACCGGAGAUAUUGGAUACAUAGAUGACGAUGGAGAUAUCUUUAUAGUUGACCGUAUCAAAGAAUUAAUUAAAGUCAAAGGCUUCCAAGUUGCUCCGGCUGAAUUGGAGGCUAUCCUUCUCUCUCACCCUUCAAUUGAAGAUGCAGCUGUGAUUCCGGUGCCAGAUGAAGAUGCAGGGGAGGUUCCAGCUGCUUGUGUAGUAAUCAAUCGAAAUGCCAAAGAAAGUGAAGAGGACAUAAUGAAAUAUGUUGCAUCAAAUGUUGCAAGUUAUAAAAGAGUGAGAUCAGUUCAUUUUAUGGAAACAAUCCCAAAAUCUCCAUCUGGGAAAAUCAUGAGAAGGAUCCUCAAGGACAAAAUCGCCGAAAAGAUCAAGGCUAACACCAAAUAAGCUUAGAUAAAAGUAUCGUUAGUUGUACUAAAUUGUACACGUGCUAAUGAAAAUUGGCGACAAAGAAUUUACAUGUUUGUGUUAUUAUAGAUGUUUACUACAAAGAUUUAUCUAAAAUUUGUUUCACUUACUUAAAAUGAUAAUUUCAUGGGUAAUUAAACGGAAUCUA